AGAAGCAAGUGUUUAUAACAAGCUUCACGUCCACCCUUUCAUAUCUUGGUUUGCUGUUGGCAGGUGCUCGUCUUCUUUUGUCUUUUGGUUGCUCAUCUCUCUCAGAGAACUUCGAAGAAAAUGUCGAAACCAACGUUGGGAUAUUGGAAAAUUCGUGGUCUUGCUGAGCCUAUUCGCCUGCUUCUCCAGUAUGUCUCCGAAGAAUUUGUAGAUAAACUUUAUGAACAAGGAGAUGGCCCUGAUUUUAGCCGUGAAUGUUGGUUUAGUGAGAAGCACUCUUUUGGUCUGGAUUUCCCAAAUCUCCCUUACUUUAUUGACGGUGAAAUCAAGAUAUCUCAGAGCAACGCCAUUCUUCGUUACAUCGCAUGCAAGCACAAUCUCCUUGGUGAGACAGAAAAAGACAAGGUACUCGUAGAUGUUAUGGAAAACGAAGCAAUGGAUUUCAGAAAUGGGUUCGUUCUUCUCUGUUAUGGGCCCAACUUUGAAGCAAAUAAACCAACAUACCUGAAGAAUAUCCAUACACCACUGAAAGCAUUUGAGGAGUAUUUGGGCAAACAUACUUGGUUUGGUGGUGAAAAGGUGACCUUUGUAGAUUUCCCAAUGUACGAACUCCUGGAUCAGCAUAAGACAUUUGACAGCAAGCUUCUUGAGAAUUAUCCAAAACUAAAAGAUUUCAUGAAAAAAUUUGAAGAACUUCCGAAGAUCAAAGAUUAUCUUAGUUCUCGUAAGAAACUUCCCAUCAACAAUAAGGUUGCUCACUUCAAGUAAAUUCUUCGUAAUUCUUUGAAUUUUGCGACCACAUUUCAGUCAUUCAAUUUUAUAUUUCGAUGGAGAUGACAUUUUUGGUUUUUACUUUUUUAAUUUUGGGUAUUUAGUUACAACCCUUUGUUGUUUUAGUUCUGGUGCCAUUAUAGUUGAUAAAAAAUACCUCCCUAGCACUAUGGUGGGUGUAUAAACCCCACCCACCAAAAGUUGACACCUUGUACUUACUUAUGUAAAAAAAAUAUAGAGAUAGUGUGGUAAAUGUGACAUAUUUUGAAGAGGAAAUUUGCAAUUAGGUUAAAACUCCUAUUUUGGAAUUUUAACGAAAUUCAUUCAAAACUGGUCAAGUUGUUACUUCGUAGAGGAUGAAGCCAACCUCUUUUGUAUAUGAAAGUUAUUCUGCUUCAUAGCCAGGUACCAUUUCUCAGUCAAACCUAAAAUCUGUUUACAGUCAGAAAUGGUGGUAAAAAACUUUGAUUCAAAAAUAGGGAGUAACAUUUUCUUGCCAUCAAUGAAGGAUUUCUGUGUAUCAUUACAUGCUGCAAUGUCUUUUUGGGAUAUCUUUUUAAUUUAUGUCAUUCCAAAAAUGACACAACUUGGACACUACCACCCUUUCAUUUCCUCUGUGAAUCACAGCGGCAAACUAGCAGAAUCAUAAACACAUCAGACAAGAUGCUUAGCAGCAUUUGAUCUGUCUUUACGUUUUGAGUUCAAAUUCCACCAAGGUUCAACUUUACCUUUCUAAUUGUACUCAACAUCAAUCUCUUUUUCAAGGUGUGCUUUUACGACUGAACACCUUUCCUGGUGCCAAUCUUUCUUGUUGCUUCUUACAACUUACAAGAACGAUCCUAGAUUGUAAGUUAUACUGAUUAAAUGCAAAAGAGAUUGCUUUUUAUACAUCGAAAUCUAUAUUCCUUAAGCUCACCUCUGUCUAGCAUAACUUAAGUAGCAAUAAUAUACUGGGGAUGAAGAAUAAGUUUUUUUAUUCAAGUUUAAAUGUUUAUCAUAGCUGUGAUUAAGUGUAGUCACACACACGUCAGUUGAAUGUGAUCUUUAGUUGAGAGGUUAGAAUCGUGAAAACCCACGAUUCCUUUAUUCCUUAUGACUCGAGUGAUUUUCUUUCGACUUUUAUCCAAGAAGGAAUCACUAGAGAGGUGCUAUGUCUGUUCUCUAAUAUCUUAACUCUCUCUCUCUCUCUCUCUCUUUCUCCAAAACAUCUCCACCCUAAAUAAAAUGUAUUGUCUGGAAAAUUCUGUUCUCAAAUAAAGGAAAGAAAUAUUGUAUUCUUCUUUUGCUUGCAAAACAAAUAAAAUUCUAUUUUCAGUCGA